GUUACCGUGGAUACAUACAGCGGUAUGAUCGUGGCCACACAGCAUUCCAAGACAGAUUCCAAAGCCACCAUCCAACAUUGGCUGACAGCCAUGGCAUGGCUUGGAGUCCCAAAACAGAUCAAAACAGACAAUGGCACAAAUUUCACCUCAAAGACCGUCCAAGCAUUCAUCUCAAAAUGGAACAUCGCUUUGGUACACGGCAUCCCAUACAACAGCACCGGACAAGCCAUCGUCGAAAGAGCGAAUCAAACUCUGAAAACUAAACUGGAAGUCCUGGCAAAGACAGAAGGCUUCACCAAUGCCAUUCCUUCAAGUGACCAGGCGCGCAUACUGGCAACUGCGCUGCUAGCGUUAAACCAGUUCCCUAGGGGGGAUGAUACAAACAGUCCUGCCCAGAGACACUGGGCCACCCAAGCACUAGAGAAAGGCCCACGAGUUGUGAUCAGAAAUGAACUAGGGGAGUGGGAACAAGGUUGGAGGCUAGUACUAACGGGGCGGGGGUAUGCGGCCGUUAAAAGAGAUGGGAACGUUAAAUGGUGUCCACUCAAAUCUAUCAAACCAGACCUUCAAAGUGCAGCUAAUGAGAAUUCUAAGACUUUGUUUGCAGGACUGGAUCAUGGGACGCCCUCGCAACCCGUACGCCUCACUGCCGGGAAAGAGAGAGAGACCACCGAGCAACCCGGCAUCACCUGAGAAGCUCACACACUCACAAUCAAAGCAGCGACGGUAUUUCUGUGUCAUUUUGUUCCUAGGCUUGGUAGGCGGAGGGCACGCAAACACAAAGCAUUACCCUCACCAGCCGUUCAGGUGGGUUCUACGCCAUCUUUCAGGUGAGAGGGUCAUCAAAGAAAAUAUAACAGCAGACACCCCAUCCUUCAAGUUCAACCUAAAGGACAUUUUUCCCUUCUAUACGAAAUUCCCCAAAUUUGAUAAGCCAGCAAUAUUUCAGACGUAUUGGUGUCCUGCUUCCAACCCAGGGAAAGGUUACUGUAAUUACCCAGGGUAUGGAUAUUGUGGGUAUUGGGGGUGUGAAACUAUUGUUACAAGCGAUAGAUGGAAACCGCAACAGCCAGAUAAGUUCCUGCAGAUUAAGUAUUCUCCUCACGGCUGUAUCGAACCAAGGUUUGGCAUGGAUAAGUACGUACUCAUGCCCCAAGGCAGGGCUGAGCACACAUGCACAGGCUAUAUAAUGACAGUUCUGCAGCCAACCCACAAUAGCUGGGCCACAGGCAAGGUGUGGACAGCGUUUGUCCAUCAUCCUCGCCGUGUCUGGGUGAACAUACAAAUUAUCAGACUCCCACCCUCAAUAUCCCGAUCAGCCAGACCCAAUCCGGUUCUUACAAUGAGCAAACCCAGAAAAGGAAUUGCAGCUAACCAUAGCUCCAGCCACAACACACAGAUGCUGCGAUCUGUCUCCUCCCCAUCCGAUCUCUUAUCCAAACCAACCCUCUCUGAUCCCUUCCUAAGUGUGUUAAAUGCUACAUUUCUAUCGUUAAACCAGUCCAACCCAAAUCUCACAGAAUCGUGCUGGUUGUGCUAUGAUGCACGACCCCCUUUUUAUGAAGGUGUUGCCCUUGAUCUCCCGUUUAUCUUUUCAAAGUCGGACAAUCCACGCCAAUGCAGAUGGGACACACCCCGGAGGGGCAUCGCCCUAAGCCAGGUCACAGGCCAAGGCAGAUGCUUUGGAAACGCAGCCAUGGCGAAGCGGACUGGUAGCGUCUGCCGGAACUUCGUCAAACUUAAAAGGGGAAAGUUCCAGUGGGCGAUCCCAGCCGCAUCGGGGAUGUGGGUCUGUCACCGAGCUGGAGUAACCCCAUGUGUGCUCAUUACCAAAUUCAAUCACUCUGCUGACUUUUGUGUCCAAGUUCUCAUUGUUCCUAGAGUCCAGUACCGCCAGGACGACGAGGUGUACCACCUGCUCGAGGAACCAGGCCGGCUCCACAAGCGGGAAGUGUUAACAGGCAUCACCAUCGCGAUGCUCCUCGGCUUAGGAGUUACCGGCGCUGCCACAGGUGUCUCGUCCCUGGCAACUCAGCAUCAAGGACUGACCCACCUUCAAAUGACAGUCGACGAAGACUUGCAAAAGAUCGAGAAAUCCAUUUCAUCCCUGGAAACAUCCCUCUCCUCACUCUCAGAAGUCGUCCUCCAAAACAGGCGAGGACUGGACCUUCUGUUCAUGCAGCAGGGGGGCCUAUGUGCCGCCCUGAGGGAGGAAUGCUGCUUCUAUGCAGACCACACGGGAGUUGUUAGAAACUCCAUGGCCGAGCUGAGGGAGCGACUGAACCAGAGAAAAAUGGACAGAGAAGCUAAACAGGGCUGGUUCGAAUCGUGGUUCAACCAGUCCCCAUGGCUCACCACCCUAAUUUCUACAUUAAUCGGCCCGGUCAUUAUAAUCCUACUAACACUAAUCUUCGGGCCUUGCAUAUUUAACAAAUUAGUACUAUUUGUCAAAAAGCGUUUAGAAGCAGUUAACAUUAUGUUCGUCGAACGCCGACAGCUGCUUUAAAGUGUGCUCGUUACUAACAAAUUUACAAUUUUAUACUAACCUUACUAACACAUAAAAUUUUAGAAUGUCCAUAUUAGGUAAUCUUUAUAUGAUUUUUUACUAAUCAUGAGGGAGGGGGGAAAUGUAGAGAGAUAGGGACAUUGCGAACGGAAGAUUCUCGGGAUGUACGGGCAGCCAGGGACCCCCUUCACCUCCACCUUGUGGUCUGACCUCAGCUCUGUACCUGGCCACCCCUUGCCGGAUGUGAGCUAGAGGAAAUGACCCAA